AGGAGACUUUGGGCUAAGAGACCCUUCGUGGUUAACCUGGAGUAAUGGAGACCGAGGCGCUUCACAGGAGUGACCUUGGCGGUUCCCUCCCGGUCGAAAGCGUCCAAGCUCUCGCGUCCAAGGGCCUGAAGGAGGUUCCGCCUCGCUAUCUCAGGGCCGCAUCUGAACUCGGCGAAGUCUGUGAUACCGAGUCUCUCGAGAUUCCUGUCAUAGACAUGAUCAAGCUUGCUGAGGAUCACCCCGACCACAGUGACGAAAUCGAGAAGUUCCAUUUGGCUUGCAAGGAAUGGGGCUUCCUCCAGUUGAUAAACCACGGCAUACCGGAAGAGUUCAUUAAUCAAGUGAAGACAGAUACAGAGGAGUUCUUUAAGCUGCCAUUAGAAGAGAAGAAGAGCUAUGCCCAGUUACCGAACUCCAUCGAAGGCUACGGCCAAGCUUUUGUUGUGUCGGAAGACCAGAAGCUUGACUGGGGUGACAUGCUCUUCCUUUUUGGACAACCUGCUCCCCAGAGAAACCUCAGGUUUUGGCCAAAGAACCCUGCCUCUUUCAGAGCAACCCUGGACAGUUACUCUUCAGAGUUGGUACGAAUUUUACUUUUCCUCCUGAGAGCUAUGGCCAAGAACUUAGGACUUUCUCCGGAUGUACUUGCAAGCAUGUUUGAAGAGGGAAUACAAGCGAUAAGACUAAACUACUAUCCACCAUGCAAGCAAGCAAACGAGGUCAUGGGUCUGACGCCACACUCUGAUGCCACUGGACUGACCCUGCUAACUCAAUUGAACGAUGUAGACGGAUUGCAAAUUAAGAAAAGUGAUAAAUGGCUACCUAUUAAGAGUGUUCCCGGGGCAUUCAUCGUCAAUGUAGGCGAUGUCAUUGAGAUAAUGAGCAAUGGACAGUACAAGAGCAUAGAGCAUAGAGCAGUGGUGAAUCCAGAAAAGCAACGCCUCUCAAUAGCUGCAUUUCACAAUCCAAACAUGCAAGCCAAGAUCGGCCCAUUGCCAGAUCUUGCCGGAAAGAGCGGUGCGCUUUACAAAACAUCGAACCACGAUGAUUAUCUCAGGAAAAUUGUCACGAGCAAACUCGACGGUAAAAGCCUGUUGGACCAAUUCAGACUUAGUGAUGUAUGAAUCGUUCGUCUAUUUAAAGUCAUUUAAAACUUGCUUGUGUGUGUAACAAUUUAAUCAAGAAAAGAGACUGCAGGUCUCAAAGAUGUGGAAAGAAACUGUAGGUUCUG